AUGGCUGUCAUUGUCUUCCUCACCCUAGCUCUGCUGGGCAUUGUCCAGAACCCACUGUAGUUGGGUGACGAGCUGGAUGUGGCCACACACAGGUUCAUGCAGCAGCAUGCAGAGCAGCUGAGCUGGAAGAUGACUCAGCUGCUGCAGGAUAUAGAGCAGACCCAGCAGCAGAAUGGGGUGGCUAGAGAAGUCCUGCUCCUUGCUUCCUUGCAGCAAUGGUGGUUCUGGGCCUCUGCUCUUGGGACAGGAGCCCUGGUCCUGCUCCUGUGGCUCUGCUGGAGUACCAGAAAAAGGAGCUGUAAGCCAAAAAGUAGCUGCAAGCAGGGCAACCCUGGAAGUCAAGAGGACGAGGAAGAGGAAGAGGUAGAAGAAGACAACGACUCGGUGACACAUUUGGUGGAGGAUCUGGUAGAUGAGCUUCUUAGUGCCUGCCAAAGAUUUUCCAGGAGUAACUUCAAGCCACGGGCACAGCCAGCCAUUGGGAUGGGCUGUGUCUAUGAAGGUUGGAGUGCCUGGGAGGACAAUGUCCUCUACCGCCUGCUCAUGCUCCUGAAGCCUCCCCCUGGGCAUGCCUCCCACUUGGAGCUGGACACUGCAGAGGAGAUGCUGACCAACAACACCUGCCUCCAUUUGCAGCUACAGUGCAUUUGCAUGAGGGAGCAGUUGGUGGAGGACAUACUAUGCUUCCUCCACCACCAUGAGGAUGAGCUGAAAAGUCAAGACCCCAGCCUCCUCAACACCCUUUGUACCAAUUCUUUGUUAAACAUCAAGAAAACUGGCUGCUGGUUCCAGAUGUUGGUGAAAGACACCUGGAAGGUUAUGCCUCAGUCACACCAUUGCCAGCUGACAGCGCUGCCUACUACACGCUCCUUGCAAGCUCAGGCUAAUGAACACCUCCCAGGAAACCCUGACCAUUGA